AUGAUAACAAAAUUUCUGCAAAGUCUGGAAGAUCCCAAACAACGUCUUCUCGGACCCAACAUCUGGUUUAUGAAGUGGAUAGGAUUAAUACUUCCGAACAAUAUUUUUUUGAAAAUAGUUUAUAUUUUUAUACACGAAUUAGUAACAUUUUUCGUGAUUACGCAAUACAUGGCGAUUUAUUUGGUAAGAUCUGACUUAGAUCAAGUUGUUGAAAAUGUCAAGAUAUCGUUUCUGAGUAUUAUCUGCGUGACAAAAUCAAACGCCAUCAUAUUUACGCAGAAGAGAUGGAAACAAGUUCUGGACUACGUUACUGAGUCAGACGAAUACGAGAGAGAACACCAGGACAAAAUUAGAGGCGAGAUUAUUGACAAAUACACAAAACAUUGCCGACGAGUUACUUAUUUCUUCUGGGGUUUAUUAUUCGUAACGUUCCUAACAGUAAUUUCUUCGCCUCUACUGAAAUUUUUAUCGUCACAAGACUACCGAGAAGGUUUUCGCAAUGGCUCUGAACCAUUUCCUCACAUCUAUAUUUCGUGGAUGCCCAUUGACAAAAAUCAUUCCCCUGGUUGCUGGAUAACAGUUAUUUGGCACGCUUCUAUGUGUUCAUAUGGUUGUUCGCUCAUGUCAGCUUAUGAUACAUGUAUGAUUGUGAUUAUGAGUUUCUUUGGAGGAAAACUGGACCUGUUGAAAGCACGAUCCAAACUGGCGCUGGGUACUUCAGGAAAUAGAAUCAGCGACGACGAGAUUGAUAAAUCGAUACGGCAGUUAUACCAUGAGCAUAUCCUGCUACUGAAGCAGUCAAGAUUAUUCAAUUCUCUGCUAUCGCCUAUAAUGUUUCUAUACGUCGCCUUGUGCUCAUUGAAUCUUUGUGCCGUCGUGUUUCUGCUAGCUUCAGCAACAACAGCAACCCAAAAACUGUUUUUGGCAGUGUUUUUACUAUUCGGAAUCGCGCAACUUUUUAUGUAUUGUUGGCAAAGUAACGAUGUUCAAAUCAAAAGCGAACAAUUAAUGUACGGGCUUUACGAAAGUGAAUGGUGGGUCGCUAAUGCCAAACAAAGGAAAAGUAUUCUAAUGUUGGCUGGACAAUUUCGGAUCAAACAUGUUUUCACCGCUGGACCGUUUACUUCUCUCACCCUGUACACGUUUAUUACGAUUUUGAAAGGAGCAUACAGCUACUACACGCUGUUGAGAAAAUAA